UUAAAUAGAAUAUAUGAUAUUUCUGACAGAUGACCUUCAUGUGUGAUUUAUUUCUGGUGUUAUCUGAAGGUUCGUUAGUUAAUGUGUAAGAGCAACAAGGUCUAUAAAACCCUGUUGCAUUACAGAACUAAUCAGGCAGACACAUUGGUCUUUAGUUCUCCUUUGAGAUCCAGAUUUUGCGGCUUUAUUGUCAGUAAAAUGGCAGUGGUCCUGUUACUGGUCCUCAUCGCAGCAUUUGCUGAUAUAUCAGCCGGACGAGCAGUCCCAGAAGAUGCACCCGCAGAAGCUGGAAAAAAUUCAAGAUGGGUCAAUAACUAUGACCAACCCCUGAAUUUCGAGUGCCAAGCCCACCAGAGCAUUAGCUUAAUCAUAAGUACGCAUGAUAAUAAACGCGAGGAUCGAAUCUGGGAUUUUGGCUGCAGGAACACUUACGGCAGAGCUUUGUCCUGUUACUGGUCCGGAUAUGCCAAUGACUUUGACCAAGAGUUUUAUUUCUCUUGCCCAUUUGGAUCCGUCAUAACUGGCAUGAAUAGUUACCAUGAUAACAAUAAGGAAGACCGCAGGUGGAGAUUUUUAUGUUGUCAAGGAGAUGUGUCGGUAUCUAGGGACUGCAAGUGGAGCAAUUAUGUGAAUGAAUUUGAUGAUUACCUGAGAUGGGAUGCACCUGCUAAUUACUAUUUGGUGGGGGCAUCCAGUUUCCAUGACAACAGCAAAGAGGACAGGAGAUGGAAAUACCAAUACUGCACCAAGUAACAACAAUAGGAAUUAGUCACCAAGUUAAAAAUCAUUCUCAAUAAAAAUCACUACUAAUAAUGAUAUUGUGCAAGUUAUAAAGCAGUUUUACACUUUUCUGUAAACAGCUGGUUGUGUAAUAAAAUGUUGCAUCCAAUAAA